UUUCCUGGAGGUGCCCACUCAAGCUUAUGGCGUGUUUGCAUGCUAAUGCAGGAGAGCAGGAGCCAUAUUCCCAGCCUGUGGGGCAUUUGCAGCUGCCGUGUACCCAGCCAUGUUCUGCGCAGGCAUUAUUGCCGUUGUUGCUGUUUUUGUACGAGCUUCUGGCGCUUUGGGGACCAGCAGUUGUGUUGAGCUGGUCCCGCAAAGUGGCUUUUGCCGAGUGGAGUGAUGAGUUGCCGCUGUUCCUGGUUGUCAGGAGCUGCAGCUUUUUAGCCGCCAUGACUGUUGGCUGCGUAUUGUGGCUGCUGAGUGCCUCGACUACCUCCCACGUAUCAAGUUGCUCCUGGAGGGGCUGCUAGUGGGCCUGAUGUGCAUCCUGGAGCUGGCUUAGGUGCCAAGAGGGAUUUGUGGCGCUGUCUGCAAGGCUGUGUAGGCUUUAUUGUACGCUCUGUGGAGUAUAAGAAAUAGUUUUAAUUGCACAAACUAGGUAGAGUGUA